AUGAGUGAAGCCUGCUUCAUAUACCAGCAUAUUAAAAACUUAAGGAGAGUGUCUAUCCUUAUUCUCCGUGGUGUCUGAGAGUCUGCUCUGGUAACCGUCAGACACCAUGGGCAAGCGAGAUAAUCGGGUGGCCUAUAUGAAUCCUAUAGCAAUGGCCAGAUGGAGGGGCCCAACUCAAUCUGCAGGCCCAACAAUCCAAGAUUAUCUGAAUCGACCAAGGCCCACCUGGGAAGAAGUGAAAAAACAAUUAGAAAAUAAGAAGAAAGGCUCUAAGGCAUUAGCUGAAUUUGAAGAAAAAAUGAAUGAGAAUUGGAAGAAAGAACUCGAAAAAAGCAGAGAGAAAUUAUUAAGUGGAAAUGAAAGCUCAUCCAAAAAAAGAGAAAGAAAGAAAAAGAAAAAGAAGAAAUCUUGUCGGUCUUCAUCUUCUUCAUCAAGCUCUGAUUCUUCAAGCAGUUCUUCAGAUUCUGAGGAUGAGGAAAAGAAACAAGGGAAAAAGAGAAAGAAGAAGAAGAACCGUUCAUACAAAACGUCAGAAAGCUCUACAUAUGAAUCAGAAUCAGAAAGCAAGGAAUCUGUGAAAAAGAAAAAGAAGUCAAAGGAUGAAAUAGAGAAAGGAAAGGAUACUAGGAGCCUCAGCAAGAAAAGAAAGAAGACUUAUCCUGAGAAUAAACCUUUGUCAUCUGAGUCCUCAUCAGAAUCAGAUGAUGAAGAGGAGGUACAAGCAAAAAAGAAGAGAAGGCGUGAAGAGCGAGAAAAAGCAAUGGACAAAGCAAAGAAGAAGAAGAAGAAACAACACAAGAAACAUAGUAAGAAGAAGAAAAAGAAGUCUGGUUCAAAUCACAAGUCAGAAUAACACCAAGAAAAAGCAAGAUUUCCAUAUUUUUUUAAAAAAAGCAGUCUAAAGGAAAUUUCAACUGUGAAAGUUAGGGCAUAUUUACCAAAAUGCGUGAGUUUCCCUGUGUUAGUAGAAUUAUUCCUGGACUUUGAGUUGCCAGUCAAAUGCCAAUGUGCCAGAAAGGGCCAUAUUUGUUGCCUGCAGCUUAAAGAUAGGGUUUUGUUUGCUUGUUUGUUUGUUUGUCUUUCCUUACAGUGGUUAAUUUUUCUGGGAGCUAAAACUCUCUUCUAAUACCAAUGGUUAAAAUGUUUGUAAUUAAAGUAAAAUGUUUUAGAUAAUAAAUAAUUUUGACCAAAAAAACGUAUCUAAGGUUAAAUGUAUCUAAUUUGGGCACAUCUUUAAAAUAUAAUUAGAAAUAUCCAGAUUACAUUUUUGAAAUAAGAACUUAACAUUGAUGUCUCAAAAUCCUUACUUUAGUAGAUAAGUUUAGUUUAUUUUACUUUUUUCCUUAAUAAACUUUUGUUUACAUGGGGAAAGGGCUUGCAGGGGGAAAAGUGUUUGCUAAUCACUUUGGCUUGCUAAAUAGUGUGCCUUUGAUCCUUACACGUUCUAUUUUUGCCAGGGCAGCAGCCAUUCUUCUCUUACUUAGUGAAAUUCUGGGAUGUUGUAUGCUGCUUCAAGUGAACAAGCAAUUUAUAGCAUAAGUAAGCCCCCAAAUCUGUGAAAUUUACCUCCACUUCAGCACUAUUCACUAUAUAGUGCUGAAUAAUAUUUAGCAUUACAAUAUUACAUGUUGAAUUAAUGAUACCCUUUGAAGGGGAAUCAUUUUAAACAGACCCUGAUGUUUUUUGAUUAAUAAAGAUUCUAAAUUUUUUUUGCGCAAUUUAUACUAUUAAGUUUUAAAUAUACAGUGUUAUACCAUAUAACCAGUGAUCCUUUUUUAAUAUGAUUUAUGCUUAGGAUACAAGUUUCAAGUUCGUAGUUUCUUAAGCUUACUAUGUUAAUUUCAUUUCUAUGUUUAAUUGCACACUUGCCAGAAUAUUUAGCAUGUAAAAAGAAGGUUUUUUAAAAAAUAUUUAAUGCCUUCAUAUUGAAGCUGGUUUACGUACGCAAGUUGAGUGCCAGACCUCUAGUAUGCUGUGUGUCUUGUUACAUAAAACUACUGCCAAAAUCUUAGUAAGUAUGCUGUUCAAAAAUUUGUCUGAAGCAUUGAUAUUGAAUUAAAAUAGGAGUUAAAUUUAGGUGAUAAUGACAUCAUUGAUCUUCCUGUGUCCAUAUUUUACUAAGAUUUGGUGCCUUGUGUCUGUUGCUGAUUCACGUUUACCACUAAUGUUAAAAUAAGUUAAAAUUAUUUUUACUUUACAUUUUUAUAUAUCAGAGUAACAUCAAUUAUAAAUUUAUGUCUAAAAGAAACCUGUUACUGAAGAUGUGCAAUUGUAAUGUCAUAGGUACAGAGUAUUUUGGCACGAUGAGAGGCUCAAUAGCUAUUGUUGUAGCUAUACAAUAGCACUUGUAUCGCAAGUAAAACUAUAAAGAUAGAAAACAUCUAGUAGAUAAAUAAUAUGUCAGCUCCCCAAAUUUUUACAAUGGAAACACCUGUAACGGAAUCUCUCACUAAUUAGAACAUUAUAGUAAUACCAUGUUAGAUCACCUCAGAGCUUCAUAACUUUAGCUGUUUCCUAAAAAUACAUCUAUAUGUAUAUGCUGAUAAAAACUAUUACAUUUAAGGGAUAUUUUGUACUCAUAGAGUUUUUCAAAAUUGUUCGUUAAUAUGUUUUUUAAAAAGCUUAUAUUAUUUGUAGAAUAUGGCAAAGAUGUUUAUGGCUCAUCCUAUAUCUGUGUGUUCCCAUUCACUUCCCAGCCCCUUGUAGUUAGGUGAUGCUAUUUGACUACUCCUAGCAGAGGGAUUGUAAGCAGAAGUGAUGUGUCAUUUUCAUACUGGAGCUGUAAAAAGUCCUGCAUGACCCUCCAGUUCAGUCUACCUGCCAGGGUGACCUACAAACAAUGUAUUCCAAAUGGCAUAACUACAAGAUGGAUGCAACCUGGGUCUCUAAGUCACUGGUUGGAAGGAACCUGACCUGGAGAGCUGAUGGACUUCCAAUGGACUUUUUGAAAGUAAAAAAUAAACCGUUAUGUGUUAAGCCA